AUGGACCCGCAGGAAUCCUUACCACAUAUUGAGAAUGACCGGUUUAGGGUUCCCGUUCGUAUGCUCACUAAUAAUCAAGAGACGUUGGCGUUAUUGGACUCAGGCGCCGGUAUGAACUUUGUCAGCGCUGCCGUCAUGAAACGGAUGCCAGAGGUGGUCCGCUAUACCGCCUCCGUUAACGUUACUCCCGCAUUCGGCCCUCAUAAAAAGGCUACAGAACUAGUCCGCCUCAAGUUCGCCGCAAAUGGGGCCACAUUCGACGAUUGGUUUGUGGUAUUGCCUCAGUAUAAGGAAAAUCUCGUAUUGGGGCUUCCCUUCUUACGGAAACAUGAGGAUUUGAUUUCCUUUAGAAACAAUACUUUUGCCGGUAUCAGCGUUGACAACCCGAUCGGUUUGGUCGACUCAAAUGAGUUCUUGCGAGAACUCCAAUCCUCUCGGGAUAUCGGUUUGAUGUAUCUACGAUUUGAUCGGGAGGAUACUGCAGCCAAGGACCCUAAUAAUGUGCUCCCUCAAGAUGCUUCUGGUCUGUUUCAGGACCUUAUUGCAGCCCAUUCGCUGAUCUUCGCUCAGGAGUUAACCGGCCCACCUCCUUCCCGGGGCAAG